UCUCUUGCGCCGCCGCCCCCGCCUGAUCUGUCUGUGUCUGUGUCUCAGGGAGAGGGGAGGGGGCCUUCUCGGCCCUGCGCACUGAGCGAUGUUUGGCCGCCAUCGCGGCGGAGGAAAAGGAGGCGCAGGAGGCUGAGGGAGUCGCCGCCACCGCUGCCGCUUACUACCGCCGCUGCCGAGCGAGAAUAGACGGCCGCCUGGGCCUGCCACGGCUCGGCUUUUUACUGCCUACUGUCUGAGUAAAGGUCGCCGGCGCCUCUGUUGUUGUCGCCGGAGGGAGCUUCUCCCCGAUCCCUUUCCCUCUCCACUUCCUCCUGGUCCCCAGGAAGGGGCUCCGCUGUCGCCGAGCCCCAAAAUGUCGAACCUGAGCAAGGGAACGGGCAGCCGGAGAGACACCAAAAUGCGGAUCCGAGCAUUCCCGAUGACCAUGGAUGAAAAAUAUGUUAACAGCAUUUGGGAUCUAUUGAAAAACGCAAUCCAAGAAAUUCAGCGUAAGAACAAUAGUGGUCUCAGCUUUGAAGAACUGUAUAGAAAUGCAUAUACUAUGGUAUUACAUAAACAUGGAGAAAAAUUAUACACUGGAUUACGAGAAGUGGUUACGGAGCAUCUUAUAAAUAAGGUGCGAGAAGAUGUAUUAAACUCAUUAAAUAACAAUUUUCUUCAAACAUUAAACCAAGCAUGGAAUGAUCACCAGACAGCAAUGGUGAUGAUUAGAGAUAUUCUGAUGUAUAUGGACCGUGUGUAUGUACAACAAAACAAUGUGGAAAAUGUCUACAAUUUGGGAUUAAUAAUUUUUCGAGAUCAAGUUGUACGGUACGGGUGCAUUAGAGAUCAUCUCCGACAGACUUUGUUAGACAUGAUUGCAAGGGAACGGAAAGGAGAAGUGGUAGAUAGAGGAGCAAUAAGAAAUGCUUGCCAGAUGUUAAUGAUUCUAGGCCUUGAAGGAAGAUCAGUCUAUGAAGAAGACUUUGAAGCUCCAUUUCUGGAGAUGUCAGCAGAAUUCUUUCAGAUGGAAAGUCAGAAAUUUUUAGCAGAAAAUAGUGCUUCAGUUUAUAUAAAGAAAGUAGAAGCUAGAAUUAAUGAAGAAAUAGAACGUGUGAUGCACUGUCUUGAUAAAUCAACAGAAGAGCCAAUUGUCAAAGUUGUUGAGAGGGAGCUUAUUUCCAAGCAUAUGAAGACCAUAGUGGAAAUGGAAAAUUCUGGUCUAGUACACAUGUUGAAAAAUGGAAAAACAGAAGAUCUUGCGUGUAUGUACAAAUUAUUUAGUCGUGUCCCAAAUGGUUUAAAGACAAUGUGCGAAUGUAUGAGUACCUAUUUGAGGGAACAAGGUAAAGCACUUGUGUCUGAAGAAGGUGAAGGAAAGAACCCAGUGGACUAUAUUCAGGGCUUACUGGAUUUGAAGAGUAGGUUUGAUCGCUUCCUUCAAGAAUCUUUUAAUAAUGACAGGCUCUUCAAACAAACAAUUGCGGGUGAUUUUGAAUAUUUCCUUAACCUCAACUCUAGAUCUCCAGAGUAUCUCUCAUUAUUUAUUGACGAUAAGCUAAAAAAAGGAGUCAAGGGACUAACUGAGCAAGAGGUGGAGACUAUAUUGGACAAAGCAAUGGUUUUGUUUAGAUUUAUGCAAGAAAAAGAUGUAUUUGAACGAUAUUAUAAGCAGCACUUAGCAAGGAGGCUUCUGACAAACAAGAGUGUUUCAGAUGAUUCCGAGAAAAACAUGAUAUCUAAGCUAAAGACUGAAUGUGGAUGUCAGUUCACAUCAAAAUUGGAAGGAAUGUUCAGGGACAUGAGCAUCUCAAACACAACAAUGGAUGAAUUUAGGCAACAUCUACAGGCCACAGGGGUCUCACUAGGCGGUGUUGAUCUGACAGUGCGAGUUCUCACAACAGGUUACUGGCCCACUCAGUCAGCCACACCAAAGUGCAACAUUCCCCCAGCCCCCAGGCAUGCUUUUGAAAUAUUUAGGAGAUUUUAUUUAGCCAAACAUAGUGGACGGCAGCUAACACUCCAACAUCACAUGGGUUCGGCAGAUCUUAAUGCCACCUUCUAUGGCCCUGUAAAAAAAGAAGAUGGUUCAGAGGUUGGUGUAGGAGGUGCCCAAGUAACUGGCUCUAAUACAAGGAAGCACAUAUUGCAAGUCUCUACUUUCCAGAUGACAAUACUCAUGCUUUUCAAUAACAGAGAAAAAUACACUUUUGAGGAGAUUCAACAAGAGACAGAUAUUCCUGAAAGAGAGCUAGUACGAGCGCUGCAGUCCCUCGCAUGUGGAAAACCUACACAACGGGUUCUUACAAAGGAGCCAAAAUCAAAAGAAAUAGAAAAUGGACAUAUAUUUACAGUGAAUGAUCAAUUCACAUCCAAACUGCACAGAGUCAAGAUUCAAACAGUUGCUGCCAAACAAGGAGAGUCAGACCCCGAAAGAAAAGAAACAAGGCAAAAAGUAGAUGAUGACAGAAAGCAUGAGAUAGAGGCUGCUAUAGUGCGGAUAAUGAAAUCUAGAAAGAAGAUGCAACAUAAUGUGCUAGUAGCAGAGGUAACUCAACAACUGAAGGCACGAUUCCUCCCAAGUCCAGUUGUUAUUAAAAAGCGUAUUGAAGGACUUAUUGAGCGAGAAUAUUUGGCACGAACACCUGAGGACCGCAAAGUAUACACUUACGUAGCAUAAAACGUGUCCCACAACUAUGAUUUAUUCUUGGACUAUAUUCUUCGCAUGAACUGAGAAGUUCUUUUAAAAAUCAUUAAAUAUUGAGACGACCAUAUCUUCCAUUAAAUUACAAUACAUGUUCUAGACCAGUCAGAUCAAGCCUUUACUCCUUCAGAAAGUUUUUCAACAUCAAAAUGAUUGAGCUUCAAGCUUCUCAGCAUUUAUCCCUGUAGAGAUCAUCCUUACAGUUUCCUCGGGAAAAUGUAAAUGUGCCGCGUUUUUGUUUUCAAUACUGUAUGAAAACAGGAAAAAUAAAAUAAAAACAAAUUUAGAAAAUACAGCUCAUUAAAAAAAAUAAAA